AUGACUGCGAAAAGGCUUCCCUCACCAGAGGGAAGCCGAUUAUCGGCCGGCAGCCGUUUGCCGUCGCUGUCGGCCACCGGAGAUGGUGGCCGGAAAGUGAUGGCUUUUUAUAGCCUCGUCGGAUCUUAUCUCGGACCGGUUCUAAGAGUGGAUUUCGGUGAGUCACCGAACUAUGUAGUGACUCACCCUGGGGCAUCAACGUGUGGGGGGCAGCUGGCUUCUGGAAUCCUCGUUUGGUGUCGUGGCAACAACAGAGCGGCGUGGAGGUUUCUGGCGAGGCGGCUGGAAGCUGAAUCGUCAACGUGGAGGCUGGACGAGAGAGAAUUUGAAGCUCAGCAAAGGGGUGAAGGAUCCAUAGACAGUCCAUUAUUAUUGGAGCAAGAGAUGAUCACUGAUCCAUCAAAGCAAGUUAAGCUGGGAUUUGUCAGUGGUAGUAUCCCUAGAGAGAAAUCAUUGGCUUUUGAAAGAAUUCUAUUUUGGGCUACCAGAGGGAAUCUCUUCUUGAAGCAAUCUGUAGUUGAAGGUCCUGUGACUGAUCCUGCAUCUGGGGAGAAGGCUGAGAAAAACGUUUUUGUUGUCUUCUAUUCUGGUGAAACCAUGAAGAACAAAAUUGUGAAAAUUUGUGAAACUUUUGAAGCAAACAGAUACCCAUUCACAGAAUAUCGAGGCAAACAAUAUCAGAUCAUUGCAGAGGUUUCUGGAAGACUUGGAGAGCUUAAAACUACCAUUGAUGUUGGACUUGUGCACCAGAUCAACUUGUUACAGACAAUUGCCUAUCACUUUGAGCAGUGGAGCCAUUUGGUUUCUUGAAAUUGAUUUUCUUCCUUCUUUUUUGAGGCAUGUGUUUCUAUAUAUUAACUUCAUAUCUACAUGAUUACUUGUCAGUUUCUGUGGCUGGCUUUAAUCUUAAGAGGUCGUGGAGUGAACCCCGAAACCUGUCCAAAAAACCAAACUCAAG